AUGUUCCUGGCGCCACAAGACGACGACAACGACAAUGACCUUAUUCGACGCGUCACAGGCGCGCCGAUUAACAAAAACGACUUUGUCACGAGGGCCCCAAAGGAGCCCUUCCGUCUCAAUUUCAUAGAUGCUCUCUGUCUCGUUGUGAACCGAACGAUUGGCACCGGCAUCUUCAGCGGACCACAAGAGGUGAUGAAGGGCGUCAAGAGUCCCGGUCUGGCCAUGCUCAUGUGGGUUCUCGGGUCCAUCUACAGCAUCUCCGGCGCUCACGUCUUCAUCGAAUACGGCCUCAACGUCCCACGCUACGUGAUUGACGGCGUGGAGCAGGCCGUCCCGCGUUCCGGAGGCGAGCUGCACUACUUGUCAUUCGUCUUCCCGAGCCCGAGCUACGGCCAAGGCACCGUCCUGCUGAGCGGCGUCCUCUUUGGCAUCAGCUUCAUCUGCGUGGGCAACAUGGCGAGCAACUGCCUGGACUGCGCCCUGCGUAUCAUGCAGGCCGGCAACCCGACAAAGACGGAGCUGGAAUUGAACAAAGGGGCCAUUUACGGCAUCGCCAUCGUCAUUGCCACCUUGACCUGCUUCAUACACGCCUUUUCCCGACGAGGGGGGAUCCUGCUGAACAACUUUCUCGCCUUUGUCAAAGUUUGCUUUCUGCUCGCGAUUAUUCUUUCCACGUGGAUCAAGGCUGGUGGUUCUGCAGGAAUAUGGGCGUUUCGGAAGGAUUUCGACACCUACGUCGACGUCGAUGCGCAGGUCAGCACGGAUCAAAGCGGCUAUACCCAAGCAUUCUACACGGUUGUCUUCGCCUACUUUGGCUUCUAUCAGCCCACAUAUGUCCUUGGCGAGAUUAAGAAUCCUCGGAAGAAUCUUCCCAAAUCCAUAUGGUGGGGUUUGGGCAUCGUGUCAACUCUCUACUUGGCUGUCAAUGUCUGCUAUAUGAUUGUGGUACCGCCACGGGCGCAGUUGAACAACAACGUAGCCCAAGCCUUCUUUGCGAGAAUCUUCGACGACAGCGUCGCUGCCAAGAGAACCAUCAGUAUCCUCCUCGCCAUCUCGUCCUUUGGCAACAUUGUCGUCUGGACGUUUACCGCCGCACGCAUGAAGCAGGAGAUUGCCAAGAAGUGCUUCAUCCCUUUCGCCAGCUUCUUUGCCAAAAACAAGGACCUCAGCCUCGGUCGACUGCUGCUCUGGCUCGAAGGCAGCAAACACGAUAAACAGAGGAAGAAUCGAAGGUUUGGAUUCCUCGAACCAGCUAAUCACCAAGAGAAAACACCCGUGGGGGCUCUGUGUCUGCACCUCGCGACCUGCGUCAUCCUGAUCUUGACAACCUUUGGCAUGACACCGAGCAAUGCGUAUGUUUUGCUGAGCAGGCUUUUGUGCUACGUUCUUGCCGCGUUCUGUGGAGUCUUUCUUGCCCUUGGUAUUCUCAUCUUGCGCUUCAGGGGUCCACCACAAACAAACCUGGACAGCCCAGAGGGUCCUGGCCAGCCAUCGGCCACAAAGACCUGGGCUGAAAUGACCAGCGAUACAGUCAACCCGAAACUGAGCAUUGUAUGCUCAUUUCUCUACCUCGUGGGGAAUCUUUCCCUAAUCAUCAUGCCUUGGAUUAAACCUCGCUCGCCCGCCGCAGCAGCAGCGAAGCCAGCAGCUUGGUACGUCGUGCCGACAAUUUCCCUGAGCAUCAUCGCAUUCUCUGCCCUGUGGUUCCUAGGUUUCUGUGCUAUCACAGAGUACAGGAGCUACUCGGGCCGGAAGAAAUUUGUAUAUGCGGCGCUCCCCGUAUUCGACUGGGCACACCGGAGCCAGCCUGAGCUGGGGCGGAUUUUGAAGCACGAGACCAUCACGAGACGAUGGGAGGCCACGGAGACGCAUGAGCUGCAAGCGCCCACAACAGCGGCUGAAAAGGGACCGCUACAGGCUGUCUCUGGCAUGGAGAUGCGGCGUGGGACUUUGCAUCGGCGCACAUCCAGCGAGGACUUACAGAAUACCGACUUUGCCUAA